GCGUCAGACGUCGGGCGUGACGCACGGCAGUGUGAACGUGUGACGUGUGUCCGGCAGCGCUUGGCGAGGUUGCUGAUGAGUGAUAGUCGCGUCGAGGCGAAGCAGAUGUCAAGUGUUUGACCAUGGGGCAGUGGAUGACAAAUUUGAAAAGUUUGUUGGGGAAGAGAGAGAUGCGAAUUCUCAUGGUUGGCCUGGAUGCUGCUGGAAAAACCACCAUCCUCUACAAAAUUAAACUUGGAGAAAUUGUCACCACAAUUCCCACCAUAGGUUUUAAUGUCGAAACUGUGGAAUAUAAAAAGAUAAGCUUCACAGUGUGGGAUGUCGGUGGCCAGGAUAAAAUCCGACCACUUUGGCGUCAUUACUUUCAGAACACACAAGGCUUGAUAUUUGUGGUUGACAGCAAUGAUGGAGAACGCAUGAACGAGGCACGCGAUGAGCUAAUGCGAAUGCUUUCAGAAAGUGAAUUGCGUGAGGCUAUCUUGCUUGUUUUUGCCAACAAACAGGAUCUUCCGAAUGCAAUGAAUGCGGCUCAAAUCACAGAUAAACUGGGCCUGCACACCCUCCGCUGUCGACAAUGGCAUAUUCAGGCAACGUGCGCCAGCUCUGGUGAGGGUCUCUACGAUGGUCUGGAUUGGUUAGCCAAUCAGUUGAAAAAGAAGUGAUGCUUCCUUGCCAAGGAUUGUGUAUUUGGAAAGAUUUGACUGUCUUGAUGAGGUGAAUUCGGCCACACUGACUUUUUUUUGUUAAAAAUCUUCAUUUCCAUGGGCGGUGGUGUCUUCUGGUUAUUUGGGGUCCGAGCAGUAGUGUCCAUCGACUGUAUUGUAGUCACUUUCCCAAGACUCGGCAAACAGCUGCUGUUGGCUUAAAUGUGGAAAAACUCAAAUCAGAGCUGGAUCUGUGCAGAAAGAUUUUUUUUAAAACAGUGCAUUAAGAUUGCAUUUAUCACAUUCCAAUAAAUGGAACACGUUGCUUGUGUUUUUAAUUGCACUUCAUGAGUACUGAAGCUCCAGCAGUACUGUUUAUUUCUUCAUGUCUCGCUUUGUUGCCAUCAUUUCUCUGCCGUGCAUUGUUCUGGGUAUGUUUUCGAAUGUUGCUUCAUGCAUAGCCAGUGAUGGAAUAGGUACUGUAAAAUUGUCCUAAUUAAACACUCUACCUGUCCACCUCUG